GUCAGGGCUGCAGAUCUCCACGCGCGAGCAGCGAGCUCGCAGCGCUUUGAAACCCCGCCGAAGGUGGCAAGGCCCCCUCCGUGGUCAUCCUCUCCGCUGGAACCAAGUCCCGGCACGUCUGAGCCGAGGUCACUUCCAACGCUCCUGGCUGCAAAGGCAAUUGGCCAGGAUGCGCCAGUGCUGGCAUCAAAGGAGCCAGAGCCUACUCGUCCGACGGAGCAGGCCUCCUCAUCAGAGACGACGGCUUGUGAGGAUGCUCCGACACUGCGGCCAGCCAACGUGUUGGUCCUGCAGGAGCAGCAAGAUGACCAG